AUGGCAGACCAACACGCCUCACUCCAAUCCGGCGCAAACCUCAACUCCCUUAGCCCAGCGAACUUGCGCCAACGGCCCCUCGGACGAGCAGCUACCUUUGCCGAAGCCAGCCCAUCAAAAUAUCGACGCAACUCCGCAAUUUCAGACACCGUUUCCGAGGCACGACAGUCUAUUCGCGAUUCCACGGAUGAUUUACUCUUUCCGCGCGCAAAGGCUGCAGCAGUAAAUCCUCGUAUUGAAACACAUCAUGAUUCGCAUUGGCAAUCUGCGCCAUUGGCGCUGGCAUUGUUGCCGGCUGUGGGCGGCAUGAUUUUCGAUAAUGGUAGUGCCUUUGUGACGGAUGCGACGUUGUUGAUUUUGGCGGCUGUUUUUUUAAACUGGUCCGUUAGGUUGCCCUGGGAUUGGUAUCGCUCAGCUCAGGAGAUUCGUCAGCCGCUUCCGGAACCCUUGCAAAGUGAUGAUGAUGGGACAAUAGCCGAGGAGGAAGAUGAAGAUGACGAUGAUGACGAAGACAGAGAAGAUAAACACAAAAAAACAGAGCGAAAGAAGAUCGAACAGGUCAGCCACACAGCCAUCAAAGAGCUUCACAUCCACGAACUCGUAGCUCUGAUAUCCUGCUUCGUAUUUCCCUUGAUCGGUGCAUGGCUUCUACACGGUAUUCGCGGCGCGCUAUCGCGUCCUUCGGAAGGUCUGGUGUCGAAUUAUAAUUUGACUAUUUUCCUCCUUGCGGCUGAGAUACGCCCCUUUGCGCACUUGUUGCGGAUGGUGCAGGGUCGUACGAUUUAUUUACAGCGCGUGGUAGCCGCAGCUGCCGAGGAGGAGGACGAAGAUAGAGAAACUGAUCAUAACAAGAUUCUGGAUCUUUCUGCGCGAUUGGAGGAUCUAGAGGCGCAUGUUGCUAAUCAAGCUGCGACGACAACAGGGCAAGACUCGAAGCAAACUGCAGGCGAGACGGUGAAACCAGAAAUACUCGCACAAAUCAUUCUCGAAGUUCGACAGAGUAUCCAACCCGAACUAGACGCCCUCAACCGUGCAGUACGACGAUAUGAGAAGAAGACGGCCCUAAUGGCAUUUCAGACCGAGACACGAAUGAAUCAACUCGACGCACAAGUUCAGGAUGCAAUUGCGCUGGCAGCUGCAGCGCAACGAUCAGCAUCAGAUCAUCGGCAAAGUUUUGCGUUUGUCUUGCUGGAUUGGAUGGCUGCUGUUGUGGUUGUGCCGGUCAGAAUGUUUAUGCAACUCAUUUCGUUGCCGGGGAAAGUGGCGUCCAUUUGUUUGCAGAAUGUUUCGGCUUUUGUAGGACGCGGGAAACGGAGGCGUAGAAUUAUUAAAGGGAAGCAGGUGCAGAGGUCGUCGAUGUCUGAUCGGAGGUUUUUGAGUAGUCCUCCGCAAGGUGCUGUUGUUGCCGGGAUUCGGCCGGGGAAGAAGGGUUCAUGA